AUGUAUCUUCCACGGUCUCUAAUAUCCAAGCUUUACAUGCACCUCCAAAACACGCGGCACCCGUUGUCUCCGCCUGUCCUCAUCCUCGUCGCCCUCGAACCCGAUGCUCUCUGCGCAUGUCGAAUCCUGACCCGCUUAUUGAAGCACGACUAUAUUCCCCACAAGAUUCAACCCGUCUCCGGAUAUGCCGACCUCGAACGCGCGGGUCGGGACUUGGUCCAGCCCAUGAUGGAAACGCAAGGAGGGAGUGGAGGAGUCGUUGUGUGCCUCGGCCUCGGCGGCAUGGUCGAUCUUGGAAGCCUACUCGGACUGGAACCUGAGGGAGAGGAGGUGACUUUUGGCGGUGUUGAGGUCUGGGUCAUGGACUCACACCGUCCGUGGAACUUGGGCAACAUAUUUGGCGGCUUUCCACUGGAACCCGCUGUCGAAGAGGGGGCCUCGCUCCAGUCCCGGUCCCCGUCAGGCGUAGUGGCUGGUCGGAUUGAUCGCGCCUAUAAGCCGGGCAAGGGGGGUAUUGUCGUGUUCGAUGAUGGCGACAUUGAGGAUGAACUCGGUGCGGAAAAGGAAGCCUACCUAGCCUUGCUCGACAUGCCCGAAGUCGAUGAUGACGGUGAGGAUCUGGACGGUCACGAAGACGACGAUGAUGCCGAGGACGAGGACCUUUUUGAAGAACCAGCACAUGCUGGUCAGAAGCGAAAAAGCUGGUCGGACCGAGACGAGGAGGACGAAUCCAGCGACAUAGACGACAGGCCGCAUCAGCGGAGAAGAAGCAACUCUUCUUCUUCGAUUCCCUCAUCGCCAAGACGGCCAGUUCACCGAGGGCUCGUAUCUCUCCGAGACGCCGGCGUAGUUCUCUCCAGCGACCCCCUGGAACCUCCAUCGGCUGCCCAACCACCGCCCGCGCCGUCUGCGAGGGUCUUGCGGCGUCGCUUGUUACGUUUGCGGAGAGAGAAGGAGACCGUCCUCCGCAAAUACUACAAGAUCGGCGCUUCCUUCUCCGAGCCAAUAUCCUCAAUGAUGUACUCCCUCGCUUCGGAGCUCGGUCGGGAUGACAAUGACCUCUUGUGGCUCACCAUCGUCGGCGUCACUUCCAUGGAGUUGUACGGCAGGUCAUCUGCAGGUAUCGCGGUCCCUGUCCGCAACUCAGACCGGGGACAAGGGAAUGGCUGGAUGGGCGUCCGUGGCGCACGUAUCCGCCAGCUGCUAAGAGAUGAAGUUCGACGUCUGAAUCCGCCCGAAGUCACCCGCGGCCGCCCGUCUGCCGCCGAGAACUCUGGUAUCAUUCCCACUACGGCCCGUAGCCCCGAGGACACAAGCAUCAGGCUGUCGCCAGAGCCCAAGUUUCUUCUCAUCAGACACUGGAGUCUCUACGACAGCAUGCUGCACUCGCCAUACCUCUUUGCCCGGCUCAAGACAUGGAGCGAUACUGGCCUGAAGAGGCUCCAUAAACUGCUGGCCAAGAUGGGUGUCAGUCUGGUCCAGUGUAAGCAGAGCUAUACACACAUGGACAUGAUGCUGAAGAGAGAGCUCCGGACAAAGCUGCUCAAGUACGCGUCUCUCUACAACUUGGACGACAUGGUACCUUCGGUCGACACGGACGGAAGAGACCGCGCUGGCGCAAAGGAUGGCUGGGGCUUUGUGCGGAGCUGGGGCUGGCGGGCAACUCUGAGCGCGCAAGACGUGGGCGUGGUCAUUGGUGCUCUUCUGGAGGUGGGCAAGCACAACGAUGUCGCCGAGCUCACGCAGGCACCAAAGGACCAAUUCGAGGAUGUGGACGACGAGGAGGUCGUCGUUGCGCAAGGAGAGGAGUGGGUUGCGCGUUUCUGGGAAGCAUACGAUGCUCUGGAGGACAUCGAUGCUCUCAAAGCAGGGUUGCCGACCGCCCAAUUUCUCCACCGUGCAAUCUACCGCACGGGUACGUCACUCAUCAACAAGAAACAGAUCAAGCACCUGAGAGCAUUCCGCAUGUGCGUGGUCAAGGAAGGGCCCGACGUCCCAGUCUUUGGUCACCCAGCCGCGCUCACAAAGCUUGCCCUAUGGGUCGGUGAGGCCCUCGUCGAACAAGAGAAGGAUACCACGGGUCGUCUCUCCCACGGUGGACGCGGCACACCUCUUGUUGUCGCCAGUCUCAACGAUAAGCGCGGCGUUUAUCUGGUUGUCGGCACUGGGGGCGGCGGCGGCCCAGAUACCACUUUUCUCGACCGCGAGGCCGCCAAGAAGCGACAGGCAGCCAAAGACGAGAAGGCCAAGCAGCGGGAAGAAUCAAGACGCAACAAGCAAAAAGUCCGCGACGAGAAGCGGGCAGCCCGUCGGGCGGCGGGGGGUGAUGAUGCAGACUACGACGAGCUCGACACCGAGUCGGAGGCAUCUGACGGCUCGGACUCGGAUGACGACGAAGAGGAGGAGGAGGACGCCAAGGAGAGGGGUUACGGCCUCAACCGGUUCGGAUCGGCGUUCCAGGAGGUCGUGGCGGAGACCAACGCUCGAGUCCGGAUAGACAGCUUCGAGCACUGCGUGGUGGAGGUGAAGAAGGAGGAUCUGGGAGGUUUCCUAGAGAGCCUCAGCAUGAAGACUGUUGUCGGAUAA